AAAAAAAUAAAAACACUCUCACCAUGGUUCUGCGACUGAUAUUGCGCUACUUCGCCAACAACGAGCAGCUCAUUCAGCGCAUGGCUGACAGCUAUCCGAUGCGGCGAGCUGCUCAGCUGGUCGUUGCGCUGAUGUACCGCUCGAAGAGCUUGGCCAGGGAGCAGGGUCUGCACGAGAUGACACCCGAGCGGUUCAAAUCGUUUGUGAACAUGUUUAGGAAUAAUGUCAAACAGGAACUGGAGGGCGUCAAGAAGGAGCUGAAGAAUCAGAAAAAAUAAAUUAAUUAUUGUAAAUUUCUUAGUAAUAGGCUA